AAUCGUGUAGUUUGUCGGUGUCGCGAAUAAAUCAAGCGCUGUUAGCCAUUUUUAACGUGUUUUCCCGACGCAAAACUGAAUACAGAAACUUACACGUGCAAUUAGCAACUCACGUUAAAUUAAAAGCAAAAGAAGCUAUGAUUUUUGUUUGUGCUCUAACUGAUCGUCACUCUGCCUAAUAAAUGCACCCGAACUACAUAAAUAAAUAAAGUUUUGUUAUAACUUAAAGCAGUUCUAUGAUUUAUAAACCUAUUAAAAUAAUUUCCUUAGCGAAUAUGAUGCAUUCCAAUACGCCGCCACCUGUACCGCCGCGUACAAGCAGCCCAGCUAUGUCAGAAAUUUCAGUUGGAUCCCCGAGUCCACCUAUUGCACACACCCAUCAAAUGACAGCUUUUCGGCCUAUUAAUCCCAAACGUCUGCGUUUAACAAACGAACGUGUACAAACACCGAUGAGAGCGAAUAGUUUGGCUUCUGCAGCAACAAUCUCCAGACGAAAAUCUUGUGCAGAACGUGUGAAAAGCUUCUCCAUAGACGAUAUUCUAGGACAAAAAACUGUAUCAGACUCAGCAUCAACUGAAUCUCAAAUAAAUUCAUUAGCUGUCUUACCAUCACCUACAACCCCCGCACUAGCAGCUCCACAACUCUUAAACGAACGUUUACAGGUGCCACCAGCGCACUUAAUGCUUGAUGUUCCGUCCGCUCUUACAAAAAUGCCACUACAAGCCUGGGAUCCCAUGCAGAGUAGUUUACCGAUGAGACCUUUCUUUCCACCUGCGCUACUUCAUUAUGAGCAAAGACUCGCCUGGGAUUACCAAAGACAAUUGCAGGAACAUUUUCAGGUACAGUUACUAAGGCAGAUGAACAUGGGCACAAAUAUAAUUGCUUCCGAAGAUGGUUCAGAGCUUUCUCGUUCUGGUUCAACUGGCAGUGAUUGUUAUUCUCCGGAAAUAAAUGUGAACGGUGAUUCUAAAGUUACUAAAACAGAUGCAGAAACAAACGAAGAGAGUGAUAGUAACAUAGAAAGUGAUAAAAAUACCAAGCAAUCAAAGGGUGAUGGAAGCAAUACUGGAAAGAAAUCCAAUCUUGAUACACCGCUAGAUGCUCUAUUUCAGUUAUCAACGAAAAACUUUGAUGAAGAACAAGACCCCGCCACUUUAAACAUUUUUGCUACUCGUCCAAAUCCGAAAAAGAAACGAAAAUCACGAACAGCUUUCACAAAUCAUCAAAUUUUCGAACUCGAAAAGCGUUUUCUCUACCAAAAGUAUUUAUCACCGGCGGAUCGUGAUGAAAUUGCAGCAGGACUAGGGCUAUCCAAUGCACAGGUGAUCACUUGGUUCCAAAAUAGACGCGCCAAACUGAAACGGGACAUGGAGGAGCUCAAAAAGGAUGUUGAAAGUGUGAAACAAUUACAAGACCAGUCAGCAGACAUCAGCAGCCGCAGCCAUAUACGCAGCCAAUACAUCCAACGGCACACACCAUCCUCCCAUGUAUUGGUAUUGAACACCGCAGCAGCAGCAGCAGCCGCGGCACACCAGAAGUCAUCCUUAACUACAAUGGCAGCAACAGCAGUAGCAGAGGAUAAGAAGGAGCUGAAGAUGUUGAAAAUGAUGACACUGAUGUACUACAGCGGAAUGGACGUUGUGGGGAAAGCCUCGAGCGGCACUGUAAUCUGAAACGACGACGAGUUCCACAUAAUAUAGAAUUUUGCUUCAAACUUCUUUAUUAGCCCAAUUUUAUGUUUAAGGUUGAAUGAACUUUGUUUCUCAAACUCGUAUACAAAAUUCAGUUAACGUUCUAGGGUUAAUAAUGUCCUAUUAAUAUAAGCCGAAUGAGAAGUGCACGUGUACUUAAGCCUAACUUAUUUAUAAUGAAAUAUGCCAAAAAAGUUAA